AUGAACUCACUGACCCACUCAGUGCCCCGCAUCGGCUCCCAGGACGCUGCCCCUGUGGGGCCCACGUCUUUUGAGUUCCUGUUGCCCCAGGACUCGCCCAUCACCAUCUCACCCUCAGUGGGGACAGUGCUGCCAGGAAAGAGGUGUCUGGUGCAGGUGGCCUUCCAGCCUGUUCUGCCCGAGGAGCUGGUGCACCAGAAAGCCCUCCAGACAAUGAGCAAGCAGUCUGGGGUCAAACUGUUCCGCAAGAACACAAUCAUUCUGAUGAAGGACUUUAGAAGGCAGUCCAGCAGCCACACGCGACAGCAGAAUCGAGAUCGACAGUUCCGGAAUUCCAGCCCCCCGAGCCAAGAGCUGCACAAGCAGGACUUCAAGGCCAGUUCUGAAGAGCUCCAGGCUGCCCGAGCUGCCCUGGCCAGAACUUUUGAGGGGAAGUUUGACACAUUUGUGAUUCCCUGUGUUGUUGCCAGUGGGGAUAUCAAGGACAAAAAGGAAACAGAGUCCAUGAGCUUCAGUCCCCACAACACCCUGUACCUGGAGCUGUGGUGUCCAACAGUGGCACCGUCUAUUGUGGUGGCUUCUGACAAAGGCAAGACUGUCUUUAACUUCGGAGAGGUGGCUGUUGGGCACCGAGGCAUAAAGAAGAUCUCCAUUCAGAACAUCUCCCCUGAGGACCUGACUGUGGAGUUCUCGGUACUGAACCCCAGCGGCCCCUUCGCUGUGUUGAAACCCUUCUACAAGUUGCCUGCAGGCGAGACCCAGGCCCUGGGACUGUCCUUCUUACCCCGAGAAAGCAUCGUGGCCCAGGAGACAUUGGACAUCAUCACCAAGAGGGGCAAGCUUACACUCACCCUCCUGGGCACUGGUGUCGCUUCUGUGAUCGUCUGCUCCAUCGAAGGGGAUGUCCUCAACAUGGGCUAUGUGAUAGCCAGGGAGUCUGGCUCCUCCACCUUCAAGCUGCAGAACCACUCCACGCUCCCCAUCAAGUUCUCCAUGAGGCUGGACAGCCUGGCCUGCACGCGGAGGGAAGACCGGCAACAGCUGCCGCAGUUCCUCGUCUCCCAGGUCCAGAGGACCAACGUGGUCGGCACGCAGAACCUGAACGGGCAGAGCGUGUUCAGUGUGCUCCCGGUCGAGGGUUUCAUCGAUCCCGGAAGGGCGCAGGACUUCACCGUGACCUUCAGCCCGGACCACGAGAGCCUGUACUUCUCUGACCGGCUUCAAGUGGUACUCUUUGACAAGACAGUCUCCCAUCAGAUCCUCCUGAAGGGGGCGGCCCGCGAGCACAUGAUGUUCGUGGAGGGCGGGGACCCUCUGGAUGUGCCGGUGGAGUCCCUGAUUGUGAUUCCCGCCUUUGACCCGGAGCACAGAGAGGCAAGACCUUCUCCCUCUGCAGAGGCUGAGGAAGUGAAGUCCAUCCUGGUGACUCUGGAGUACUUGCAGCUGGAAACCGACAUCCCAGCCCCCCCUGCCACCCGGGAACUGCAGGUGGGAUGCAUCCGAACCUCCCAGCUGUCUCUGAAGAAGAGCGUGGAAUUCAGCCUAGACAAUGUCUCAGCCCUGCAGCACAAGGGCUUCACGGUGGAACCUUCACGGGGCUUGGUGGAGAGAGGCCAGACCAAGACAAUCAGCAUCUCAUGGAUGCCCACUGCAGACUUCAACCCAGAGCAUCCACUCAUGGUGUCAGCCCUGCUGCUGCUCAAAGGAGACGUGAAGGAAACCUACAAGAUCCUGUUGGUAGCCCAGGUGGUAACUGGCCCCUGA